GGGCCGGGCCCCGGCGGCGCCCGCGAGGCUCUGGGCAGACGCGGGCCGCUGGGCUUGGCUGGACCCGGGCGCUGGGCGCCGCUGGCCAGCAUGGCGGUGGAGGAAGAGGGGCUGCGCGUCUUCCAGAGCGUGAAGAUCAAGAUCGGGGAAGCCAAGAACCUGCCCACCUACCCCGGGCCUGGCAAGCUGCGCGACUGCUACUGCACCGUGAACCUGGACCAGGAGGAGGUCUUCAGAACCAAGGUGGUGGAGAAGUCCCUGUGCCCAUUCUACGGAGAGGACUUCCACUGUGAGAUCCCACGCAGCUUCCGCAGCCUGGCCUUCUACAUCUUCGACAGAGACGUCUUCCGGCGGGACUCCAUCAUUGGGAAAGUGUCCAUUCAGAAGGAAGACUUGCAGAAGUACCACAACAGGGACACCUGGUUCCAGCUGCAGCAUGUGGACGCUGACUCAGAGGUGCAGGGGAAGGUCCACCUAGAGCUUCGUCUCAGUGAGGUCAUCACUGACACAGGUGUUGUCUGCCACAAGCUGGCUGCACGCAUCCUCGAGUGCCAAGGCCUCCCCAUAGUGAACGGGCAGUGUGACCCGUAUGCCACCGUGACACUGGCAGGACCCUACAGGUCAGAGGCCAAGAAGACGAAGGUGAAGAAGGAGACCAACAACCCGCAGUUUGAUGAGGUGUUUUAUUUUGAGGUGACCAGACCCUGCAGCUACAGCCGGAAGUCACACUUCGACUUCGAGGAGGAGGACGUGGACAAGCUUGAAAUCCGGGUCGACCUCUGGAACGCCAGCAACUUGAAGUUUGGAGACGAGUUCCUGGGGGAGCUCAGGAUCCCCCUGAAGGUGCUGCGUCAGUCCAGUGCGUACGAAGCCUGGUACUUCCUGCAGCCCCGGGACAGUGGCAGUAAGAGCCUGAAGCCGGGGGACCUGGGCUCGCUGCGCCUGAAUGUUGUGUACACAGAAGACCACGUGUUUGCCUCGGACCACUACCAGCCCCUGCGGGACCUGCUGCUCAAGUCCGCAGACGUGGAGCCCGUCUCGGCGUCUGCGGCACACAUCCUGGGCGAGGUCUGCGCGGGGAAGCAGGAGGCGGCCGUCCCGCUAGUGCGGCUCUUCCUCCACUACGGCAGGGUCGUGCCCUUCAUCAGCGCCCUCGCCAGCGCCGAGAUCCGGCGGACCCAGGACCCCAACACCAUUUUCCGAGGAAACUCACUGGCAUCCAAGUGUAUUGACGAGGCCAUGAAGCUGGCGGGGAUGAACUACCUGCAUGUCACCCUGAAGCCCGCCAUCGAGGAGAUCCUGCAGAGCCACAAGCCCUGUGAGAUCGACCCCGUGAAGCUGAGAGACGGCGAGAACCUGGAGAGCAACAUGGAGAACCUGCGGCAGUACGUCGACCGGGUCUUCAGCGCCAUCACCAAGUCAGGGGUCAGCUGCCCGACCGUCAUGUGCGACAUCUUCUUUUCUCUCCGCGAGGCCGCUGCCAAGCGCUUCCAGGACGACGUGGAUGUGAGGUACACGGCCGUGAGCAGCUUCAUCUUCCUGCGGUUCUUCGCGCCUGCCAUCCUGUCCCCCAACCUCUUCCAGCUCACGCCCCACCACACAGACCCGCAGGUGUCGAGGACAUUGACGCUCAUCUCCAAGACUGUCCAGACGCUGGGCAGUCUGUCCAAGUGCAAGGCUGCCAGCUUUAAGGAGUCGUACAUGGCUGCGUUUUAUGACUUCUUCAAUGAGCAGAAAUACGCCGAUGCUGUUCGGAACUUCUUAGACUUGAUCUCUUCGUCUGGGAGGAGAGACCCCAAGAGUGUGGAGCAGCCCAUCCUGCUCAAGGAGGGGUUCAUGAUCAAGAGGGCACAAGGACGAAAACGCUUUGGCAUGAAGAAUUUUAAGAGGCGAUGGUUCCGCCUGACGAACCAUGAAUUUACCUACCAGAAGAGCAAAGGAGACUCGCCGCUCUACAGCAUCCCCAUUGAGAACAUCCUGGCGGUGGAAAAGCUGGAGGAGGAGUCCUUCAAGAUGAAGAACAUGUUCCAGGUCGUCCAGCCUGAGCGGGCCCUGUACAUCCAGGCCAGCAACUGUGUGGAGGCCAAGGCCUGGACCGACGUGCUCACCAAGGUGAGCCAGCGGAACCAGCGGCGCCUCACUGUCUACCAUCCGUCCGCCUACCUCAACGGCCACUGGCUCUGCUGCAAGGCCUCCUCAGAUGCAGCCACCGGCUGCACCCCCUGCACCAGUGGACUCCCAGCAAACAUACAGCUGGACAUCGAUGGGGACCGAGAGACAGAGCGGAUAUACUCCCUGUUCAACUCGUACAGGAGCAAGCUAGAGAAGAUGCAAGAGGCCUGUGGGAGUAGGUCUGUGUAUGACGGGCCUGAGCAGGAGGAGUACUCGUCCUUCCUCAUCGAUGACCCGCAGGAGACGUACAAGACCCUGCGGCAGAUCCUCGUGGGGGUGGCCACCCUGGAGCAGGAGCAUGCCCAGUACCGGAGAGACAAGUUCAAGAAGACCAAGUAUGGCAGCCAGGAGCACCCCAUCGGGGACAAGACUUUCCAGAGCUACAUCUCGCAGCAGUCGGAGACGUCUACGCAUUCCAUCUGAGCCCACAAGACCCAGCGCCUCCGUUGGGGCACACGGCAGGCCCCGGAGCCCGCCGAGGGAUGCUGGACCCGUAAUGGCAGACCACUCGGGGAGCUCUGGGCCGGGGGUGCCCAGGGAGGGGGGCGGGGAUUUCCGAACACGUGCUUCUGUGCCCUGAGGCUUGGUUUGCUGGUCCCCCGCUCCUUCCUGUCAGCUGGCCUUGUUCCUGGCCAGAAGGGCCCUGGUGGCUGGGCUGGGUGGAGCUGCGGGAGAGCCCACCUGGAGAAUGCGCGGUUCAGGGUGUGGGUCAGCCUUCUCUCCCUGCCCCCAGGCAGCAGGGCCUGCGCAGUGGCCGUGUGGGGGUCCACUGUUUGCCGUCUGUGAGCCGUGACAGGCAGCUUCCUCCCCGCAGCAGGCCUGGGGACACGGCACACACGAGCACAUUCUUUUCAAGCAACUCGCCCUUUGAUACUGGUCACUCAGAACAUGUAGGUCCCCCUGUGGAGGACGGCCAUGGAGGACGGCGAGGGGGCUGCAGUUGGAUGGGAGCAGAUCCGGACAGCAGGAGGCGCUGGGGAGGUGGGCUCUGAAGCCAGCGAGCGCAGGGGAAACGGCCCCCACUGCAGUUUGUGCCCUUGGUGGAAACGCCCGUGCAGAUGCCAAGAGCAGGCAACGGCACUGGUUGUCAUAAGAAGCUGGAGGACAAUGUGACAAAAGGAACACUUUGAUCCACACUGCUACUCAGCUACUCUGAACUAAAACCUUUCAUGUGGAGUGUAACAAUGUUUCUGUUACAAGAUACUAAUGACUUGCACCGUAUUUUACUGGCCAAUUAAACAGAUGUUUUAUUCUUUCCGA